CGCGGAGGGCGUCAUAUUUUAUGGCCAGGAUAUGCUUAACUGGACAGUACUUAUAGAGGCAGUCAACAAUGACUGAAUAUCGAAUAUCGAAGAUUCUUGUCAAUUGAUAAUUCAGUAGGAUCAGAAUGGAGAAGACUGAGCUGGACACUGCGAAAUCAUGGGUGGUGGUUACAGGAGCCUUCUUUGGUCUCUUUGUGACUCUCGGCUGGACAAAUUGCGUCGGUGUCUUCCAGGCUUAUUACAAAGCGCACCAGCUCAGUUCAAUGUCGCCCAGUACCGUCUCAUGGAUUCCUUCCGUGUCCAUGUUUAUCAUCUUCAUUACGGGACCCUUCGUUGGCCGUCUGUUCGACCGGGUUGGCCCUCGCCCGCUGUUGGCAGCCGGCACUCUUCUCCUGGUCGGCGGCCUGAUGUUUACCUCCCUCUCAAGGGAAUACUAUCAGUUCCUGCUUGCCCAGGGGAUCUGCAGCAUGCUCGGGGCCAGUAUGAUACUAUACCCGUGCCUUGGCUGCGUCGCAAGAGCGUUCACGCCGCGCCGCCGAGCGCUUGCCAUGGGCGUCACGACCAGCGGAUCGAGCCUUGGGGGGGUCAUCCUGCCUAUCCUGAUUGACCGGUUGAUCCCCAAGGUGGGAUUUCCGUGGGCGAUGCGGAUCAGCGCAUUCAUGCUGCUGGGGUUGUUGGUGAUUACGAACCUGACGGUCAAGUCGUUUGUGCCUCUCAAGCCGCCUGCACACCAGGGAAUUUGGGUCUUUGUGCGCCCGCUGGCCUCGCCCGUCUUUCUCUGCACCGUCCUGGCUUCGUUCUUCUACGCAAUGGGCAUGUUCAUUCCCAUCACCUUCAUGCAGACCUAUGCCGAGUCGGUAGGCAUGUCUGGGGCAGGCUAUAUCGUUUCCAUCUACAAUGCUGCUAGUCUGUUCGGUCGUAUUCUCCCCGGGUAUGCUGCCGACCGGUUCGGCUCCUUCAACAUCUCCUUUGUGGCAGCCUGCACGACGACCAUCCUCGUUUUCGCCCUGUGGUUGCCCACACACACGGUAUCGACCGCCAUCGCCUUCGCCGCCUGCUUCGGCUUCACAUCUGGCACCUACACGGCCCUCACACCGGCUCUGGUCGCACUGAUUUGCGAGUACGAGAGGAAACACGACCCAAAUCCGAAUCACCACUCGCUCAACGAGAUCGGAACCCGGUCAGGCACGUUGUAUGCAUUUACCUCCGUCGCCGCGCUGACGGGGAGUCCCAUCGGCGGCGCCCUCGUCUCGGCUGCUGGGGGGGGUUACAAUCGGCUGCAGAUAUUCACAGGAGCGAUGCUGGCGGCGGGGAGUGCCUGUUAUUUCGCGGCGAGGAUGGCCGUGGCAAGAGGGAACCCGAGUCCAUUCAUAUAGUCUCUCUUUUUCUCAUUUCUUUUCUUUUCCUCUGUACACUAUUCUCGACUCACUCCUACAUAUAGACUACUAUACUCUCAUAUCUGUCAUAGCUAUUGUACUAUAAUAGCCAUUAGUUAUACUAUUUGAUACACUAAAUAUUAUUCAAUACUCCAG